UGACAAACAAGAAUACAAGAAAACAAAAUGGAGAUUAAAUCAGAAACGAAUAUUGUUUGUGAUGAACUUGCACAAAACGAUUUACAACGUGCUCUUAACUCUAUUAAGGUUGAACGAAAUCAUAAUCGUUCUGAAAACGUGCCGGAAUAUCAGAGAGAGUCGUCUAUCGUCGGUAGAAAUGUUGUCGCUGACAACGAACAGGAAACAAUUAGUACUCAUACAAAUGAAAAUCUGUCGUCCACUAUAUAUACAAACUCGGAAAAAGACAUUAAAAUCGAGGAAAGUAUGUUUACCAAGGAAACAAAGGAAUUAAAUUUUAAACCGAGCGCCGAAACUGCAAAAAAUGCUACUUUGACAGACGAAAGUUACGACAUAAAACCAAUCGUUCAAAAACCUCCCUCCUGUGAACAGAAAACAAGUAGCACUCAUACAAUAGAAAAUAUGCCAUCCAUUACAAAUGCAGAAAAAGACACUAAAAACGAGGAAAGUAAUUUUACCAUGAUGGAAACAAAGGAAUUAAAUUGUUUUGAACCGAGUGUCAAAAUUGCAAAAAAUACUACUUUGAUAGAUGAUAGAUGCACCAUAAAACCAAACGUUCGAAAACCUUACUCCGGUAAAGAGGUCAAAAAGCCUCGUAUGCUAGAAAACAAAAAUAUGGCGUCUCAUUCAAAAGCUGGUCCUGAUAAUGAUGAAACCAAAGACAGGAAGACCAAUGGUAAAGCAAAACAUGCAUCGCAUGACACGGAUACGACUGGACAAGCAGCAGACGACAGCAAAUGUACAAUGUGUUACAAAAGUAUCCAGUGUAAACAUACUACAACUGAUAGCAAAGAUAACACUAAGAAAUUCCAGUGUGAUGUAUGUGGCAACUGGUUUAAACAUACCUACACACUGAGAAAACACAAGUGUAAUCACGAAGGAGAAUAUUCCUGUAGUGUAUGCAACAAACGGUACGGUCUACCAAGCUAUUUAAAAAGACAUAUGCGUAACCAUACUGACGAGAAAACGUUUUAUAAAUGUCGUUAUUGUGAUAAGUCGCUGUGCAGUACAUCCAGUCUGGCUGCGCACGAGAGACUGCAUACGUUGGACAAACCAUUCGAGUGCGACGUCUGUCAUAAACGGUUUACUCAGUCUAGUAACCUUACAACUCAUAAAAAAGUUCAUUCAGAGUAUAGACCAUAUGUUUGUGAACUUUGUUCUAAACCUUUUAGGCACAAACAGUCAUUAUUGGUACAUUUGCGUUCCCAUACACACGAGCGACCGUACACGUGUGUCACAUGUGGACAAACUUUUACUCAAAACACACACAUGCGUACUCAUGAGCGACUUCACUCUGGUGUGAAGCCUUACAAAUGUGACAUGUGUGAUAAGACAUUCUCACGGAAGCAUCACUUAGGGUAUCAUCUAGAAACUCAUUCUGGAAAGACAUAUAAAUGUUCUAUCUGUGAGAAAUCUUUUACGGCGGAGAGAGCUGUUAUACAACAUGAGCGCAUACACACUGGUGACACGCCAUAUAAAUGUGACGUCUGUGGGAAGGAGUUUAAAUAUCAUGGCUACCUAAGCGUUCAUAAGAGAAUACAUACAGGAGAUAUGCCAUUCAGAUGUAAAAUCUGUCCAAAGGAAUUUAUUGUAGCUAGUUCCUUGCAACAACACUUAAAACACAACCAUAGAAACAAGAAAAAACGUACUGUUUCAAUACAUGCGCCUCUAUCUGAUGAUCAAAAUGAUUCAUCUACUAAAUCAAAUACGGAAAGUUGCACCAACAUUUCAGAAGUACAGAACACUAUCGAUAAUGUACAAAUCGAUUCAGUCAAACCAACAUGUGAUUCUUCAAAAAAGAAACCAGUAACUUCCUCUAUUGUCAGACCGAAUGGUAAGAAAAGAAAGGUGAAUAAAAACCUAGAUGCUAGUAACAAGAACCUGUCAAAAAAGCGGCGCAGUAAAAGAACUUAG